AUGAAGCAACAACGAGCUCGGCUUCCAAUUUUUAAGAACCGAGAUCACAUCCUCUACCUGUGCGAGAAGUAUCGUUCUGUCAUCAUUGUGGGUGAGACUGGUUGCGGUAAAAGUACACAGGUCCCUCAGUACCUUUUUGAAGCAGGAUGGGCUAAUGACGAUACACAGAACCGAGAUCACAUCCUCUACCUGUGCGAGAAGUAUCGUUCUGUCAUCAUUGUGGGUGAGACUGGUUGCGGUAAAAGUACACAGGUCCCUCAGUACCUUUUUGAAGCAGGAUGGGCUAAUGAUGGGCGAAUGAUUGGAAUCACACAACCACGAAGAGUAGCGGUUGUUACGCUUGCUUCACGAGUUGCUGAAGAGAAAGAGACCAUUUUGGGACAAGACGUGGGCUAUACAGUUCGCUUUGAUGAUGUCACUGAUGAUCAAACAAAGAUCAAGUUUAUGACAGAUGGAAUUCUAUUGAGAGAAUUGCUGACAGAUCCUCUGCUUUCCAAGUAUAGUGUUAUAAUGAUUGAUGAAGCUCAUGAACGAACGUGUAAUUCUGAUAUUCUUCUUGGUCUACUUCGGAAGGUGCUUAUUGUUCGGCCUGAUCUACGCAUCAUAGUGUCGUCAGCCACGCUGGAUGCCGAGUUGUUUCGAGAUUUUUUCGAACUGAACGAGAGUGAUGAUCAUAAUCUCGAUACUUCAUGUAUAAUGUCCGUUGAAGGACGAACACAUCCAGUAACGAUCUAUCAUACGAAGACAUCUGUGCCGAACUACAUCAAAGCUACAGUGGAUACUGUGUUGGAUAUUCAUAAGAAUGAAAUUCCUGGCGAUAUUCUUGUAUUUCUAACGGGUCAAGAUGAAGUUAUAGAGGUGUGUGAAAUGUUAUCAGACGCAUCCUCAAAUUUGCGUAAUGUUGAUAAGUUAUGGAUCGUGCCUUGCUAUGGUGCUCUACCUCCACGAGACCAGUUAAAAGCAUUUGAUUCAACACCGCACGGCACUCGUAAGGUCGUUGUUGCUACAAAUAUUGCCGAAGCUUCAGUCACUAUUCCAGGAGUAGCAUACGUUGUGGACUGUGGCUUCGUCAAGUUGCGAGCAAUGAAUCCAGAUAAUGGUAUUGAAACUUUGAUGCGGCUGCCGAUAUCAAAGUCAUCAGCUGAACAGAGAGCUGGACGAGCUGGCAGAAUACGUCCUGGCAAGGCAUAUCGGCUUUAUCCAGAGUCUCAAUACGAGAAAUUGGGCGAUAGCACGAUACCUGAAAUUCAACGUUGCCACCUCGCCCCAGUGAUUCUACAGUUGAAAGCUCUUGGAAUUCAGAACGUCCACAGAUUUCAUUACUUAUCUAGACCACCCUCAUGGUCAGUCAUCAAUGCGCUUGAACUACUGUAUGCUCUGGGUGCUUUGGAUGAGAAGUGUAUGCUCACUAAUCCGCUGGGUCUUCGAAUGUCCGAGUUUCCUUUGCCACCGAUGCACAGCAAGUGCUUGUUGACUUCAGGCGACUUUGGAUGUAGCGAAGAAAUCGCAACCAUUAUUGCAAUGUUACAAGUGCAGGAUGUCUUUCUAACACCUACGAGGAAUAGGCAUAGAUCCGAAGAAAUAAAGCGUCGAUUUGCCGCUGAAGAAGGUGAUCAUAUUGCAUAUUUGAAUAUGUAUACGAUGUUCGUUAAGAACAACAAAAGUAAGAAAUGGUGCGGCGAUCACUUCUUGAACUAUCGUGGGCUAUGUCGGGCAGAGAAUGUCCGAGCGCAGUUGUUGAGGCUGUUACGGAGAUUUGAGGUGCCACUGGUAUCAGUGCGAGGAGAGACCGACGCCGCAACAAAGAUAAUCCGAUGCCUCGUGUCCGGCUUCUUCUCUCAAGCAGCCAGAUAUCAUUACACGGGCAAGUAUGUAACGGUGAAAGAGGAAUUUCCGUUCAAUGUCUAUAAGGGAUCUGUGAUCAUGUACAAGAAGGACUACCCAAAGUGGGUUAUUUUCACUGAGGCGAUGCAGGAUUCAAUUAGAGAUAUCUCAGUGAUUGAACCCCACUGGUUGUACGAACUCGCUCCGCACUACUAUGAGUUUGGCACGGAUAACGAAGUGGCCAGAAAGCGAGCAAGAGGAAAUUGA